AUGUCGGCAGAAAAACGACCGCUCAUUGAAACAGAUUUUGAAGUUCGAAAAAGUUUGUUCAUUCCAGGAAUUGUUACAUGUGGACCGAACAUGAAUGUACAACCGAAAUGCUUCUUAGGCUUAUUGGGUACCAAGGGUGUUGAAUGUGAUUCACACUGGUGGAUUCAAAGACCCAUUGAUCAAUUUAAGUUUGUUUUUCCGGAUACUGUUGGUGAAGCAUGGUUGUCAAAUGCAAAAAAUUGUUACAUACUUUCCCCACCUCCUUCGGCAAGGUUUAUUCCAAACUUGGUCGAGGAAAUAACGGUUCAUCUUUACUCAAAUGAAACAACCACUUCUGUUUCCCCGAUUCGUCGAUGGGCACAGUUCGGUAUAUAUUGGCCCUGGAUGGGACAAGACCCGUUUCUUGUCCGUCCUGACUUCUUUAAUCUACCGAGUGAAUCAUUAUUUACUUUCUCGCGCCGCGAGCUGUACAAAUUGGAUGGAAGACUCCAAAUUACCUAUGAUAUGGCACCGUCCAGAAGGGCCAUACCGCUUUUUAGGAACGAAACUAGAAAAUGGGGCGAAAUUCAUAUUAGACCAGAUUAUGAACCUUCACUUGGUGGAUACGAAGUGACUGUCCAUCGAGAAAGAAAAUACUUUACUGCUUAUGAUCUUCUGCCCGCAAUUGGGGGCUUUUCCACUUUACUUAUUAUAAUAUACAAGCUUCUCUGGGGCGACUCGCGAUUAAAUCCUUACGGUCUCCUUCAGAAAUACAUUUUUCGAUCCGCACCGUCCAUGUGCUUCAGCCAAUUUGGUCGCGAAUAUUAUUCGUAUAAUAACGCCAUCGUAUUAAACCAAAUUGAGAAACCUCCGUCCGUGGCAUUGAAACCAGGUGGAUUCACAAAAAUGCGUGAAGAUGAAUCGGAUGUCACCACAUCAAGCAAACGUGAUUCAGCUUAUCCUUUCAAAGGAUAUGGACCAGACGAAAUAGGUAAUUCUCUACUGGAGUUCGCCUCAAGUCCGGGUGUUGGAGGAAAUGGUGCUACCAAUGAUACAAAUCCAUUUCACGGUCAUCAAAAUCAACGCCUUGUAACAUCGACCGAAGUUGAAGGAUUAAGAAGAGAGGUUAAUCAAUUGAAAAAUGAACUUAAGGAUCUAGAGAAUCUUUUAAAAUGCUAUUGUCUGUAA